UCUGCUUUUUACGCGCAUUAAGAAAGAGGCAAAUUAGAGGGAGUUUGCAGAGAAGCAUCGUGUCUUGGGACAAACAAAAAAGAGAAGAGAAACAAAAGGAAGAAGCUCUCUGGAAUUUUCUUUCCUUUGAGCACGAGGAAUCCAGGGACCGCCUGGUUUCCUAUUUCUUCUUUCUUUCGUCUUUCCUUCUUUCGAGCCCAUUAUAUAUACACCCCCUCAGAUUCCCAACCUUUGGAUUUUUACUCCUCCUCCUCCUCUAAAUUCAUCAAACAACAUCUGGCUGGAGUUUUCGAAUUUUUCAUUCAGGUCAAAUCCUCAGGAUCUAGAUCGAAAUCGAAGUAAGGUGAUCGAUAUGGCGGAAGAGCAUAGAUGCCAGGCGCCGAAGCUGUGCGUGAACAACUGCGGAUUCUUCGGGAGCCCAACCACGCAAAACCUGUGCUCCAAAUGCUACCGUGAUCUGCAGCACAAAGAGCAACAAGCCCUCGCUCUCAAUCAAACCUUCAUCUCAGCUUCGUCCACCUCUUCUUCUUCUUCGGCUUUCUUCCCUUCGUCGCCGGUCUCGGUCUCGGUCUCGUCGCCGCAGAACGAGGGCGCGGCCGAGGACGCGACGAAGGUAGAGGAGGAGAAGAAGAAGAAGGAGGAAGCGGUGCCCGGGACGGCGGGGAGGCAGGCGAACAGGUGCACGGAGUGCAGGCGGCGCGUGGGGUUGACGGGGUUCAAGUGCAGGUGCGGGAUGACGUACUGCGGGACCCACAGGUACCCGGAGAAGCACGAGUGCGGGUUCGACUUCAGGAGCAUGGGGAGGGAGCAGAUCGCCAAGGCCAAUCCGGUCGUCAAGGGCGACAAGCUGCAGAAGAUCUGAGGGGUGUAAGGGUCUUUUCACGUUCGUUGGUUUGGGUUUGGUACGGUUUGGUUGGUUGGUUGUUGGUGGGCGGUAUUGCCGUGUCCUUUGUAAAUUUCAGUUUAAUCAUAAGUUUAAUGUUUUAAUGCUCCCUUUAAUUUCACCAUUAUAAUGUCCAUACAACCCGCCGGUCAAAAUAGAAACGGUGGGCGUGUGAGGAGGAAAUACAAUUAAUGCUUCUUGUAACUGGCAAGAAUAAAUCUAAGUGUGAUUAGGUACGUAUACGCUUUCUUUGGGUCUACAAGGAAACUACUAAGGUUGACCGUGACCCUUAUAAGGCUAUGCUAGAUCUUUUCUGUUA